AAUUUGAGCACCACGUUGGUUGCUGAAACCUUGGGGAAAAUGCCCAAGGGCAACGCUCUCUCCUACAAAUGACGUAAAGAACAAAACCAAAACAAAACAAGACAACAAACCUUAAAGACUGUGCCAACGCGGAUAAUGGCUUAUUUGACCUGUCAGUCGUUGAGUGGUCUACCUUUAUUUAUCAGGCGAAAAGGCGAUAUUCCCCCCUUACCCUUUCCGCUGGUGGCCAGCUUAAACGGAGUGUACACCUACACAAAAACCCAAGGAGCCGAACUUGAAAAUACUUGCUCAGAAAACACAUUUGUUGUUUGGAAGGAAUAUCAUGAUACUUUUAUGCUUUGCAUAGUUGCCACAGACACAUCCCUAACAACAGUUCAUUUGAAGCAUAUCCUCGACCUUGUUUCACACACAAUGGUAUUUUACCUAGGUUUAGAAGAAUUAGUCAAUGUAAAAAACAUUGAAAGGCUGAAAAAAGAUUUGAAGGUGUGUUACCCUUUAAUUGACACCAUUCUUGAUGGAUUGAACCCUAAAGAAGACUUGGAGGAAUUUUGUGACUUGACGGACUACACAGAUGUGCUUAGCUGCUCUGAGCGAUCAACAUUUGAGGGCAUCCUGAAUUGCUUUGCUGAGAGCGUUGGCACUGUGUUUGGGUGUUUGAGAGUACGUAGUAAAGUUGCAGCAGCAACACCAAACUGGUGGACUCUUGACAGUGUGGAGUUAUUACAAAUCCAAUUACUCCUGUCAAAUGAGAGGUACGACACAGGAAUCGACAUUCCAAUUUACCUCCCUGUAAGGAGCCCCAAAAUACCUUUUCGGCUGGUUCAGUGGAAAUUAACUCAAAAUUCUGACGUCUGCCUGCUAUGUGGGCCUACCCCCUCCCUUGCCGACUUAGAAAAAGAAGUAAAACGGUUUUGGCGGACCGCGUUUGCCCUUCUGAAAUCUGCAGAGUCAUGUUACCCAGCCAAUAUCCCUCUUGAUAUUACAUUGGAUAAAAAUGUUCUUUCAUAUUUGGUGAUGAAUACGGAAAAACGGCGGUCCCUUAGCUCACUUUCUCCUCACACAACGAGUGGUGAUGUCCAUUCACAUUUGACUUCUGUCCGGAAAAGAGACAUACUUAGAACGUUUUACAAAACUAUUGUCGGGACAAUGAUCGAUUUACCAGGUCCAACUCCAACAGGUUCAGAAGAUUCUUCACAAGUUUCCAAGGAGGUCUUUAUGAAUUUUGAAUAUUAUUCUCUACAUGCCUUAAUAUCAGAUGUAUAUUUGAUACUUGUUCUUUAUCCGUCCGGAUUGCAUAACCAUUACCUAAGGUCCAUCACUCGAACAACUCUGAAAAUACUCACGCACGAAAAGAAUUGCAAGUGGUGAUGUUUGAAGAAACAUUUUAAUGUAAUUCAUAGUGCGCAAUCAAAACAAUAUAAUCGAUCGGUACAAUCA